UCUGCGCACACGCUGCUGCGCCUGGUGCUGCCGCAGCUGGACCGGCUGCGCGGCCCGUACGGCGCCAAGGAGCGCCGGCUGGCUGACCUCGCCGACGCGGACCGGCUACGGCGGCUGGGCUCCGACGGAGGCACGCAGCAGGGCGGCGGCGACUUCGCGCAGACGGUGUUCCACGUGCUGCGGGACCGCUGCCGGGCCGACAGCAGCGGCUGGAGCAUGCAGGACGUGGACAGUCGGCUGACGCAGCUGGCUGAGCGUCACCAGUCGUCGGACGUGGCCGGUGUGAAGGCCGUCAUGGACGAGCUGGUGCGCUCACUGUCGGCCCGAGAGCAGCUGUGGCUGGUCCGCAUCAUCCUGGGUGAGAUGCAACUGGGCGUGGGCAGCACGGCCCUGCUGAACGCCUUCCACCCGGACGCGGCCGAGCACUACGGCGUCACGUGCAGCCUGCUGCGGGUGGCCGCCGACCUGGCCGAGCCGGCCGAGCGGCGCGCCGGCCCGGCCGGGCGUCGUCCGCGCACCGGCGUCACCCUCUUCACGCCGUUCAAGCCGAUGCUGUCCGAGCGCUCCGGCCUGGGGUCGGUCGACAAGCAGAUGCGUCACAAGCCGUUCUUCGUGGAGCCCAAGCACGACGGCGAGCGCGUGCAGCUGCACAAGGACGGAGAGAAGUACAUGUUCUUCUCCCGUGGCGGGUUCGAUUUCACCGCCAGCUACGGCGCCUCGCCGGCCGCCGGCUCGCUGGUGCCGCACAUCCACCCGCAGUUCAACGCCUCUGUCCGCUCCUGCAUCCUGGACGGCGAAAUGCUGGUCUGGAACGACAUCGAACGACGAGUAAUCGUCAAAGCCGAGGCGCCGGACGUGAAGAAGCUGCGGCCUGGCGGCCGGCUCCGCCCGCUGUUCGUUCCGUUUGACCUGGUCUACUUCAACGGCGAGCAGCUCACGGACCGGCCGCUCAGUGAGCGUCUGAGCAAGCUCAAGUCCGUAUUUCGGCCGCUAGAGGGCAGACUAGACGUGAACACGCGCAUUGAGGCGUCAACGGCGGAGGAGGUGGUGAAGGCCCUGAACGAGGCCAUCGACCGUCAGGAAGAGGGCCUGAUCCUCAAGGAUCCCACAUCGAUGUACUGGCCCAAUGAGCGGCGUAAGGGCUGGGCGAAGGUCAAGCCUGACUACGUUAAUUCGCUGGUGGACGACCUGGACAUGGUCAUCAUUGGAGGGUACUGGGGCAAGGGUGCGCGGCGGGGGACAGUCUGUCAGUUCCUGCUGGGCGCUGCCGAGCCACCGGAGCGGGACGGCGAGCAUCCGCAGGUGUUCCUCUCGGCCGGCUGCGUGAGCUCAGGCAUCACGGACCAGCAGCUGCAUCAGCUGCUGCAGCAGCUGAUGCCGCACAUGCAGCGGACCCGGCGGGACGGCCGGCCGCCGCCCUCUCUGCGCUGGACGCGAGAGAAGCCGGACCUGUACAUCGAGCCCAGCCUCAGCCGGGUGCUGCAGGUGAAGGCCACGGAGCUGGUGGAGUCGUCGUCGCACGCGGCCGGCCUGGUGCCGCGGUUCGCGCGCGUCGUCAGCGCGCGGACGGACAAGGCGUGGCACGAGUGUGUCACCACCACUGAGCUGCGACAGCUGCGCGAGCGCGCCGGCGGCAAACUGGCCGCCGGACACCUCCAGUCGGUACCGGAGCGGGCCCCGGCUGCGCGGCGCACAGUGGCGCCCUCUCUGCCGGCGCACCUGCGGCCGGCAGACCUCAGGGACGUGCGACCCGCCUCCACCCGCCUGGCCGGCCGCCAGCUCUGCGUCAUGACCUGCGAUGGCCCCGGGGCCAAGCAGGAGCUGGAGCGGCUGAUCCACGGUCUGGGCGGCAGUCUGACGCAGAACCCCACCAGCGAUACGUGGUGCGUCAUCGCUGAUCGCGUCGCUGUCAAGGAGCGGAGUGUGAUUGCCAGUGGCCGCUGUGACGUCGUUCGCUCGGCCUGGGUGCGCCGGGCUGGCUCCGGCCGCCGCCUGCCGCCGUUCGCUCCGGCCGAGAUCCUGCACCAGACACCGGCCACGGCGCUCACCACCCAGCUGCACUACGACCAGCACGGCGACAGCUACGCUGAGGACGUGGACGGCGACCAGCUGCGCGCCCUGCUUCAGGGGAUGCCGUCCGAGCCCAGACCGCUGCCCAGUCCUCCGCCAGAGCUGACCGCGCUCUUCGAGCACGCGCCCUUCUCGCUGCUGGCCGGGUGCCGCUGCUUCCUGGCGCCACCGCUGCACGGCGCCACCGUCGCCGGUCUUCUGCUGCGGCUGCACGGCGCUCGGCUGGCGCUCCAGCUGGACAAUGACGUCAGUCAUGUGGUCACCGCCGGGGACACGGAUGAGCUGCGCACGCAGAACCGCCUCCGGUCGCGUAAGUUCCACCUGGUUUCGGAGCGCUGGGUGGAGGAGAGCAUUGCACAGGGUCGAUGGGCGGACGAGCGUGCCUUCCCGCCAGGCUCCUGCCUAGUGGUGCCGCGGCCCUGAUGGUGUCGGGGAUGGAGAGCGUGCCUUCUGCACUCUCUGUUUGGUGGUGCCGCGUCCUCGAAGGUGCUGGGAACGAAGAGCGUGCCUUCCCCCUCCGUCUGGUGAUGCCGCGUCCCUGAUGGCGCUGGGAAGGGAGAACGCGCCUUCUGCGCUCUCUGUCUGGUGGUCUGGUGGUGUCACGCUCCUGACAGUGUCGAUGGGAGUGCGUAGGGAUAUCGGCGAGUUUUCAGAAUAGGGGGCCACGUAUGUGUUGUGAUAUUUGAUCCGCACGUGAUUUUUCAUUAGCGGCUUUACAAUAUUUCGAGCACUUUCGGAUUCUUCGUAGUGUUUGUGUUAUUUGAUGUCUUUAAUGACAGUUCCCAAUACUUUCGAGUUUGACACUAGUCCAGCGGAUGUAUUAGUCGCUCGCAUAAUGCUGCUGUGACAUGUUGGCUUGGUAAAGAAAGCGCUACCUGAUGUAGGUUCAUGCCAUGAGGUUUCAGCAAGUGGGCGUGAUAGUUGAGUCGCUAUUUGAGUCGACGUUUAGGCAUUCACUGUUCUGUUUUUUUUUAUCCCGCGGCGUUGUGCGCGCCUUGAUUUGUUCGCAGUGUCGCGUGUCGCACUGUUCUUUCAAGAGACCGCUUAUAUUGCCUACUUGUUUGGUGUUAAUAUAUUGUUG